AUGUUACUUCAGCAAUCGACGCAGGUGGCGCUCGAUGACGUGCGGUACCAGCAGCGCCUGACAGACGCGUCUCGCUACAGUCGCACUCUGCUGCAGACGUUCCCCGUCGAAGUGAUCCAAGCGCCUCGACGGGCGACGGCCGCCGGCGACACGGAGUCAAUGGCGCAGUUUCGACGAUCCUCUGGGGCUGAGUAUGUCGCGUAUGACAAAUACCGCCGUCGCCUCUACGAAUUAAACCGCGACGAGUACGAUUUCGCGCCGUUGUUGAAGCGCCAAAAAGUAGCACUAAGCAAAGUGAAUCACCUCGACGAGCAAAAUCGAGGGAACGAGCGGCUUUUCCAGCGCCUGCAGCGCGUGUUGAGUAGCUGCAACGAGCGCUGUGGGAGUUUGACGACCCUAAGUGGGUGUCGUGGAGCGAGGAACGGGCCAAGUACGAAACGAAACGAGCAGAGGAAGACGCUCGAGCCGGGCGAACAGGCGGAGACGGUCGAGACAAAAGAGGACGACGAGGUGCCGGUUGUGGAGUCAAGUUGUCGAGACGAUGCAGAGCUAAAGGACACGGCUGGGCACAAAGACCGAAGACGAGCGGGACGCGAGGAUGAAAUUGCAGAGUUGGAAGAGAAACUCCGACUGCAACGGCUGUCGCGCACGUCGAAGACGGAUCAGCUUUUCUACGAUUGCCUCGCAGAGCGAGAGACGAAUAUUCUUGUGGAGGAAGUGUUGCUCGACGAGAUAUACGACCUCGCUGCAGAUGUCUUUGAUGAGGAAGAAGAGAAGAUUCGUAACAAGGAGCUGCCUCCAGAUCUACUUGAGAUCGUGGAAGAUGCACUGCAUGAAGGCCCAAUGGAGGAGAUACUCAUCCAGAAGUACAAUGUGGACAUCAAGCGCCGCCAUCUGCAGUGCUUGUUGCCUCUACAGUGGCUGAACGAUGAGGUGAUCAACUUUUACUUUCAGAUGAUGAGCGAUCGUGACGAAGCGCUCGUGAAUGCCGGCGUCCUGCCGAAGCGAAGCCAUUUCUUCAACUCGUUUUUCGUGACAAAGGUGUCAGAAAACGGAUACAAUUAUGUCAACGUGCGCCGGUGGACACGGAAGAUUGACCUCUUUGCGAUGGACAAGAUAUUUAUGCCUGUCAAUGUCGGCAACAUGCACUGGUGCAUGGCCGUCAUCUUCAUGGCAGAGAAGCGCAUCCAGUACUACGAUUCCAUGCACGGAAGCGGUGCCGCGUGCUUGAAAGUCAUCAUGAGGUACCUGCACGACGAGUCGGAACACAAGAAGAAGACAAAGUUUGACCGCCAAGGAUGGGAGCUGGUGACGACCACGCCCGACACGCCUCUGCAAACAAACGGAUCGGACUGCGGCGUUUUCUCGUGCAUGUUCGCCGACUACGUCUCUCGAAAUACCCCGCUAUCGUUUGUGCAGCGCGACAUUCCGUUCCAUCGACAUCGCAUGGUGCUCCACAUAACUCGUGGGUACAUUCCACUCGAAGAAGAGGGACUAUAG